CAACAGGUAGGGGACAGAGAUAACUUGUUCACAGUAAAGUUGUCAAAUAAACGAAAAUGCAGUCCACUCCGAGAAUAAUUAUAUCCAUGUUCCUGAUAGCCACCGUGAUUGCAGGCUCAUCUCAUAGCGGAACGAAACUACGCCGUGACGGUGUUUUAAACCUUUAUCCAUUUCCAAGAGUUGGACGGUCAUCUCAUCAGACCUGGCAGAUACCUAUACACGAUUUGUUAGAUCAAGACUUACAUAAACGGCAACUUUACGCAUUUCCCCGCGUGGGUAGAUCAUACCCAAUCCAAAUAUCUCCUUCCAAAUUGGAGGAGAUUCUGUUUGGUAGAAGUCAUGGAUUUGCGAAGAGAGAAAGCGAGAGCACGGAUAGCACGGGAAUGUGGUUCGGGCCAAGACUUGGUAGAGGAUUCAGGAGUGAAGAUGAAACAAUUUCCAGUGAAGACAGGAGUGAACCAGAACAGAUCGAUUUGGAAUCUGAACGGGAAAAACGAGAUACGAAACACAACUAAUUCCCUAAUUGAUUGCUCUUUCAUUUACUUUUUUUACGUUAGUCUAAUUAUAUAU